AUGGCCGGUACCUCGAAAACAUACCCGAUCUCCUCGAAUUCUCGUACCAAGUUGAAUGCCUUUCGGUACAGCAUUCGGGAUGGGCAGGUUGAAGAGAAGUACUCUGCAACGUCGCCGUCAAAAGCCAGCCAUGGAGACAAAGAAAAUCAAACUUCCUGGCUGAAUGGUGUGGUGAAAGAAAUUGAGCCAUUAGCUAGCGAGGAACAGCCUUUGACCGAAGCAGGCCAGUCCAAAUCAGUCAGGGAAUGUCCUCAAACUCCAGGAAACAGAAUUCCCUUGGCGGAUCUCAUCAGCAACGCAGAAGAUGCAUUCAAUCGGGCUCCCGUGCAGGAGUUUACCCCCGAAGAUCAUGUCAUCUGGCAGCAUGUGCCCGCUAGCUCAAAUCCGAACACCCUGUCUCAAGCAUCCGCAAAUAGGGGAAGAAAACGCCGUCACAGCUCAUCACCGACUAGCUCCCCGUUAGGGAAAGGCCUCAAAAGGGAACGGAAACGAUCAUUCGACAUGCAAUCAUUCCAAGCGCUUCUGAAAACCCCACAAAACGAUCUGGCUACCGAUCUGUGGAACAAUUAUGUGGGCAAGGCUAGUCUAAAUGGCGAAGAAAGCCUCCCUCCUCCUCGUUUCGCCAAUUUACUAUCAUCUUCACCACAAACACCCGUGUCUGCUGGCAUCAGUAGAGAUUCUUCCGGCUUGAGGCGCUCAAUCAGUUGCAAUGCAGAAUGGCCGACAUCCAAAGCGAAGCGGAGAAAAGUAAACGGACAAGAAUUUGGGAGCGGACGCAAUCUUUUUACUCGAUCAAAAAGCAAUAUUCUAGAUUCAGGAGACUCGAAAACUUCUAGGCUCAACUUUCUCUUGCAGAAAAUUGAAAACAGCUUGCAGAAGCCCUCCGUUAUCCCGGUUGACACAUCCGAUCUUUCUCCAGUGCCCAAGCGAAAACAUGUACGAUGGAGCCAGACAAACUCCCCAUUCCCAAGAAAGGCUGCUACCUGUGGCCCAGAAGAGCAAUGUGACGAGCACGAUGAUGAAAUUUGCCCUACCAUACCAAAGGAAGGGUCGAAUAAGAUGGAAAGGAACGAGGUCUCUUCGUCUGACUUUGGGGACGAUGACUUGGAUCAAGACUUCCUUGAACUGGCUGAAGCCUCUGCAGAUCCCUUCAUCGAUUCAUCUCGACCUGGGGGCUCUACAAACUCCCCGAAACGCAAUUUACGUACCGAACCCAUUCUGGAGGAGCCACAGAAUCUCUCUCAGACGAAGGAAGAACCACACCAAACUGCGCAAGCUCCAGGUUCAAGUGCCUGCACGACCAAUUUCCGCAAAACUACGGAUCAUGACGACUUUGAUGACGAUUUUGACGAUAUAGAAGAUAUCCUAGCUGAAUGUGAUGAGAACUCCAGUUUGUCCAAUCUCGAGCAUCUCGCUUCAACCAAACAGUCAACAUGGAGACAAUCUGGCGAGAAAGCAAGCAUGAGACAGUCUAAUUUGACAGAAUCCUAUCAAGCUACGAACGGUCAACUGGAGAUAUCUUCAGGUGAUGAAUUUGACGACGAUGAUUUUGAUGUGGAAGCUAUUGAACAGUCUAUGCAACCAGGUAAAAAUGAGUCAGCCAACAACCUUAGAAACCGGCAAGCGAUCAAACGGUAUCUGAUUGUUGAUGUUGCGGAGACUACAUACUCAACUCAGAAAGGCCGAAUCCAGCCAGAAAAGGUACUUCUAGUCCAGGAUGAGAAAGCCAAACAGAAGAAAGUUAUUCUCUUGCGGGAGUCCUGGUUUGACAGUCCCUGCAGCAAGGAUGCGUAUAUUCACCUGAUCGGAGAUUUUGAUCCUACAGGGCAGUGUGUCGUGGAUGACUCUCACAAUAUGAUCGUUCUCCAUCCAGAUCACUUGGUCUCCGCAACUGUUGUCGCAGACUCCAUCAGCUGCCAACGAAGGGCAGUUCUUCAGGACCGCAUUAAGAACUCAAGCGACAUUAGCAAGCCUCAAGUGUUUGGAAACAUCUUUCAUGAGCUUUUCCAAGAAGCCAUGAAACUCAACAAAUGGGACCUCCCAUCCCUGAAAGCCUUAGUGGAAGCCAUCUUGAUCAAGCAUGUCGAAGAUCUGUAUUUGAUUGACAUGAGCGUUCCGGCAGCCGUGGAGUAUAUGAUGAGCAGAAUCCCAGCCUUGAGAGCUUGGGCGGAAAUCUUUCUCCGAAAAACUCCAAGCGCACAAUCUCUUGUUGAAGAUCGACAUAGCUCGAAGGUCCGUUUGAGUAUCAACAAGCUACUCGAAGUCGAGGAGCACAUAUGGUCCCCUAUGUACGGCCUUAAAGGCAACAUCGAUGCUACAGUCCAAGUCGCCUGCCACGACGGAGAAGGUAGCAGAAAUUUGGUUAUUCCCCUGGAGCUGAAGACAGGGAACAGAGACACAAAUCAAGCUCACAGAGCUCAGACUGCUCUUUAUACCCUAUUACUUUCUGAUCGCUAUGAUGUCGAAGUGACCUUUGGUCUGCUUUACUACCUUGAGAUCUCGAAGAUAUUCCGCAUUCGAGGCGUUAGGCAUGAGCUCCUUCAGAUGAUCCAGGAGCGCAACCGUUUAGCUGGAUAUGUUCGUGAAAGACAUCUGCUUCCACCUAUGGUGAAGAAACCCGGAAUGUGCAGCAGAUGCUACUCGAAGACACCUUGUUUUAUCUACCACAAGCUUGUGGAUGAUGGAGAUGGCGAAACUAGCGGACUCGGCGACGAGUUUGUGAAGGCAAUGGACCAUUUGCAUCCUCAACAUCAAAGUUUCUUCAGGAAAUGGGACGAUCUACUCACAAAAGAAGAGCAGAGUAUGAUGCGAUUCCGGCGAGAACUCUGGACACUACUCAGUAGUGAGCGUGAGGCUCUCGGCCGUUGUUUUGGCAACGUGGUGAUCCAACCAGGUUCUGCCCACGAGGACAAAGACAGCAUCAAGAUCAACCGAUACCGAUACACAUUUAUGAAAAAGCAGUCGUCACCUUCAUUCUCCUUUACCGAAUCUCAAUUGACGGUUGGAGAACCGAUUGUUAUAUCUGAUGAAAAGGGUCACUUUGCACUUGCCAAUGGAUAUGUUGUGCAAGUCAGCCCGAAGCAUAUUAUGGUUGCAGUGGAUCGACGAUUACACAAUGCCAGGACUAAGAUGAAGGAUUUUGAUGCAGCAAAGAACCAGUCAUUCAGAGGCAUCAUGGAAAUAGUGGAAGGUGGCGCUCCUCCACGAAGUUCGGCAGAUGAACAGGAGGAGGAAAUUCUAUAUCGACUAGACAAGGACGAAUUCAGCAAUGGCAUGGCGAUCGUCCGUAACAACCUUAUUUCCAUGAUGGAAAAGGACGUGUUUCAAGCAAGUCGGCUGAGAAGACUAAUUGUCGAGGGGGAGGCGCCUGUAUUCAACUCCAAGGCAUCUGACUCUCUCAUGUCUGACUCUGAUAAGGAAAGCCUAAACGUUGAUCAAAAAAGAGCCAUCGAAAAAGUCAUGAGUGCUCGGGAUUAUGCGCUGGUGCUUGGAAUGCCCGGGACUGGGAAAACUACAACCAUUGCUCAUAUCAUUCGAGCUCUGGUCGCGCAAGGAAAGAGUGUUCUGCUAACCUCGUACACCCAUACUGCCGUUGACAAUAUUCUACUCAAAAUUCGAAAUGAUAACAUUCGCAUUCUACGAGUUGGGGCAACUGCUAAGGUGCAUCCCGAGGUUCAACAAUUUGUUGAUCUUGCAGCUAUACCUAAAACCACCAUUGAAGAGCUGAAAGCAUCAUAUGAAGAAUCGCAAGUUGUUGCAACGACUUGUCUUGGAGUCAACCAUAACAUCUUCAAUAGACGCAUAUUUGACUAUUGUAUUGUCGAUGAGGCGUCCCAGAUCACACUGCCGGUAUGCCUGGGGCCAAUUCGGAUGGCGAGAACAUUCAUCCUCGUUGGCGAUCACUAUCAACUGCCGCCAUUGGUGCAGAACAAAGAGGCACAAGAUGGUGGCCUGGAUGUCAGUCUCUUCAAACUUCUUUCUGACGCUCAUCCCGAAUCAGUCGUCAAUCUUGAGCAUCAAUACCGUAUGAGUGAAGAUAUCAUGCUCCUUUCGAAUACUCUUAUAUACUCUGGACGUUUGAAAUGCGGAACUCAUGAGGUUGCAUCGCGCUCAUUGAAGAUUCCCAACAUGGCGGGUCUCAAACUAUACCAUAUCAACCAACUACCUCAAUCUCCGCACCAACGGCAGUUCUGCUUAGGCACAAGCCAAGGCCGCUGCUGGCUUCGCGACCUACUUGACCCAUCCGCAAAGAAUCGGUUUAUCAACACUGACACCCUCGAAAUUCCUGCUCGAGAUAUGGCCAACGGCGCCAGAAUUGUCAAUUCAGCGGAGUCAACUCUUUGCUCCCACCUUGUCGAGGCUCUCAUUUCGUGUGGCAUUCCUGCACGUAAAAUCGGGGUGAUCACAUUCUACCGCAGUCAGCUCUCGCUAUUAAAGCAGACUCUUCGCCGUUAUCUACCCGAGCUCGAGAUGCAUACCGCGGACAAGUUCCAAGGUCGAGAUAAGGAGAUUGUGAUACUGAGCUGUGUCCGAAGCAAUGCUGAUAACAACGUUGGUGAUCUUCUUCGGGACUGGAGACGUAUCAACGUUGCCUUUACUCGAGCGCGUACGAAACUGCUCGUUAUUGGAAGCAAGAGUACUCUUCGCAAUGGCAAUGAGCUUCUUGGGAAAUACAUAAACCUGAUGGAAAAGCAGAGAUGGGUCUAUGACCUACCUAAAGAUGCCUUGGAAAACCAUACUUUCGACUGCGAUGCAGGGCUGUCUCAGCUUCAAGAUGCAGAACAGUCUAUCUCGUCCAUUCCCGCCGAAAAUCCCAAGACAGUUUCCGAGCGAAAGGCCUCUCGGAAUCCUCUCAGUCCGACACAGGCCCGGCAAAACCCCCAGGGUUUGAAGAAGCCCGCAAAGCGAGGAGCCAAGCUUCUCAGUGGAACCAAAAUUCUUGGAAACCGGCCUGUUUUGCAGGAUGUAAUGAAUGACCUCUUUGCCUGGUUGUAUCUUUCUCAGGGCGUUGGAAUGGUGGUGAGAGAGAAUUGGCACUGA